AUGGAUGGUGUGCGGCCUAUUUCCACUCCUAUGGUCAGUGGAUUACAAUUAUCCAAGCUUGGAAGCACUCCCUUUGAAGAUCCAGUACUAUAUCGAAGCCUAAUUGGGGAUCUUCAAUAUAUCAAUAUUAUUAGACCGGAUCUAUCCUAUUCUGUUAACAAGUUAUGUCAAUUUAUGCAUUCUCCUACUGUUGCUCAUUCUCAGGUAAUGAAAUGGGUGUUGCGUUGUUUGAAAGGGACUAUGCAUCUUGGUUUACAAUUUCGACAGUCUCCGACAUUAGUUGUUAAUGGCUUCUCUGAUGCGGACUGGGCAGGUUGUCCUGAUGAUCCGCGAUCCACUCAUGGUUAUUGCAUUUUCCUAGGGCCUAAUUUGGUAUCGUGGUGUUCCAAGAAGCAAAAGGUUGUUGCACGAUCUAGUAUUGAAUCAAAAUAUUGA